AUGGAUGACUCCUCGCUUCGCCAUUCAAUCUCCCUCCACCCGCAUCCCUUCAAUCUUUCUCGAGACUUUCAAGACGCGCGCCGCUCUCCUUCAGCUCAUACUCGACCAGUAGCCGCCUUUAAUCUCGCUGAAGCUGUUGUUGUGUCGGGCGUAGAAAGAACCGCUGACGGCGAGAGCCCCUCCGAUGAAGAACGAAAUGCUCCGCCACGAUACACACCCACAAACGAUCCGCUUCAAUUAGCGUCAAAGCUCAAGACGGAGGAAGAGAUCAAACAGAUUCGUGCCAACACGUCCCGAAAACGAGAUCGCGUCACUCCCGCAUUCAUAGGAGAUAGAUUCGGUAUAACCUCUUCCGGCAAACUGCAAGAGUUCUAUCAAGUGCAAAAUGAGAAUAUUGAGCGGUUCUUGACGCCUGUUGAAGAGCAUGUGCGUGCUGCGAAAGAGCUCAACAGCUCAAAUCAGUUGAAGUUCAAAAUCGCCGUAUGGGGUAGUUUCGCAGCCAAUGUUGUCUUAUCUGUCAUUCAGAUAUACGGCGCGAUAGCUUCGGGAUCGUUGUCUCUAUUCACCACCAUGGCCGAUGCUAUUUUCGACCCAAUGUCGAAUAUUACCCUUUUGUUAUCAAACAAAGCCGUCACACGAGUCGACCCUCGCAAAUUUCCCGCCGGCAAGGCACGUAUCGAGACUGCUGGAAAUAUCUGUUUCUGUGCCUUGAUGACUGCGGUGUCCUUUAUUAUCAUCGCAUUCUCAAUCAAAGAGCUCGCUAACGGAAGUACCGAAGAGACAACCGCGUUCCAUCUCCCCUCCGUAAUUGCCGUUGCCGUCGCUUUUGCUACCAAAUUCACAUUGUUUUUGUACUGCUGGGCAUUGCGCAACCAGUUUUCGCAGGUGCGGAUUCUGUGGGAGGAUCAUCGUAACGACCUGUUCAUCAAUGGAUUCGGUAUUUUGACGUCGGUCGGUGGAAGCAAGCUGCGCUGGUGGAUCGAUCCUAUGGGCGCCGUGUUGCUGUCGUGCUUGGUUUCGUUCUUGUGGUUGCGCACAGCUUAUUCAGAGUUCAUGCUACUCAUCGGAGUGACUGCGGACACGCAGAUGCAGCAGUUGAUCACUUAUAUCUCAAUGACACAUUCACCCGCCAUCACAGCCAUCGACACAGUUCGUGCUUAUACUUCCGGACCUCGUCUUGUCGUCGAAGUCGACAUUGUCAUGGAUCCCAAUGCCACACUCAUGGCCACGCACGACGUUGCCGAGGAGCUGCAAAUCAAGCUCGAGUCGUUGCCGGAUGUGGAACGUGCCUAUGUACAUGUUGAUUAUGAGACGACUCAUAAACCAGAGCACUUUUUGAAGAAGGAGCUGUAA